UGACCUGUGUCAGCAGAUCUCUUCCAGUUCUUCCAGUGAGGGAGCGCUGUUGGAUCUCCUCGCUUCCACUCUGCACUACCAGAAUGGUUGAGCCCAGCCCUCCAGCACUUCACAUUCACUCCAGUGGGGAUGUCAACAUGGCAGGCGUUGGUGUCAAAGUAGAACGUGAAGACUCUGGGGGAGGGGCUGCAGUGGAUACCAGCGGCGAACUUCGUAAGACGUCUCCUUCGCGUGAUUGGUCAGGAACUCAGCAACUCGAGGCUCGCCAGUUGACCCCACCACUGUCUCGCUCCCCUUCAGAGGGAUCUCCAGGGAAGGACCUGCCUCACAGACAGAGCCCCAUGGGACUGAAGGAACCUAGGAUGCAUGAUCGAUCAGAGGGACAAUCCAACUUGAAAGAAGUGAUGCCUACCAUUGAGAAGCUGCUGAAUGCUGACUGGAAGGACAAACUCCUGGAUAAAAGCACAGUGGGGUCAGGACAGCUGAAAGGUACCCACGAAUCUCUGGCAGAGAAGGAGCUCCAGCUGUUGAUGAUGAUCAACCAGCUGAGUGGUCUGAGGGAGCAGCUCCUGGGAGCCCACUCUGAGCAGAGAAACAUGGCCGCCCUGUUGCUGGAGAAACAGCAGCAGCAGAUGGAGCUGGCUCGGCAACAGCAAGAACAGAUCGCCAAGCAGCAGCAGCAGCUCAUCCAGCAGCAGCACAAGAUCAACCUGCUUCAGCAGCAGAUCCAGGAUGCUAUGGACUACUCCAUGCAGCUACUGUCAAACACUCACCCCACCCCCGUGAAGAGAAGCAGUGGUUCCCUCCGACAGGAAUCAAGUCAGCCCUUGAACCUGACCUCCAAGCCCAAGGGUUUGGAGCUGGGGAAGACACCCAGUCCACAGAGCCUGGAGCUGGGAUCACUGGCGCUGCAGGGCGCAUACAGACCCAGAGAUCUCCAGAGAGAGAUCUCCCACAGUCCACCACGAUCUGCGCUCAGUUUCCUGGGAGACGGCGACGUGGUCACCCAGGCUAUCCACGAUGCCCAGCAGCUCCUGAGGAGCCACGGCAGUGCAGGGCGGGAGAGGGACCGGGAGAGAGAAGUUGGCGGAAAGGUGGAUUUUAAGGUUUCUCCUCGCAAUGAGAGGAUGUCUCAGAGUGAGAGAGGUGAGGACAGACAUGGCCUGCCGUCCACUGAGGACCACCUCAGCAGUGAUUCUGAGGGUACCCUGAAUGUUUCGGUCCCAGGCGGCUACGCUGAGGCACGGCCGCCUCCCUCCUCAGGCCACAUAAAGAGACCCAUGAAUGCCUUUAUGGUGUGGGCCAAGGACGAGCGCAGGAGGAUCCUGCAAGCUUUCCCUGACAUGCACAACUCCUCCAUCAGCAAGAUCCUGGGCUCGCGGUGGAAGGCCAUGUCUAACCAGGAGAAGCAGCCUUACUACGAAGAGCAGGCGAGGCUGAGCAGGCAGCAUCUGGAGCGCUACCCCGAUUACAAAUACAAACCCCGACCCAAACGGACCUGCAUAGUGGAGGGACGGCGGCUGCGGGUGGGCGAGUACAAGGCCAUGAUGAAGAGCCGCCGGCAGGAACAGAGAGGGACCUACGGGCACAGUCAAACGGAGCCACAGCAGAUCCAUUACUCCCACAGCGAUGGCCAGUACCCAGGGGGUAGCAGCUCGGUCUCUGUCGCUACCAUGCCUUUCACCCCGCCCUACUGGAGCAUUACCUGCCGCAAGUCCCGCCCAUCCCUCGCAGAGCUGAGGGACAGACCACACCCACCUCUCUGCCUAGGGAGAGAGAGCGGGAACGCAAGAGGGAGCGACCGCCAUACAGCGAAGGAGAGGAAAGUGAUGGGGGAGAGAGGAGUGAGGGGGAACUGGUGCUCCUUACGGACUAAAGAAAGGCAACUGGUAGAGGACCCAGGAAAAGGAAAAUUAAAGAUGAGGGAUAGGAUGAGAGGGGAGGGUAGCUGAGGUGGGCGGGUUGCUCUUUGAUGAAUGGCAGUCAGAGAGGAGGAAUGGAGGAUGAACUAAAGAAAUGGUGAGGGAGUGUGUGAAAGGGGGAAUAAAAAAGUAAACGUCAUACUCACCCCGUUGUAAAUUAGCCUGUUCUCCAGUAAAACCUCGCCUACACAAACGCAUAAAGGCAAGCUUUUAUCAUUUCCCUUUACACGUAUCAUGUCAUCACAUGCUUUGUGUCAAAACUUUGGAGUUAUAUUUAUGAAGAUUUAUCGUUUAAUCCCUUCUGCUUCUUGUUUUCUCCCCAUGUUGACUUAUGGCAAACAAAAUGCCCCCACAGGGACUGGAAUUAAAGCAGAUUGAUGAAAAGUUCAGCAGAGUACCUGUUUCCUCCUGUCAGACAGCUGAGGAUCAGCCACUCUGGGGUUCAGUAUGUCAGCUUUGCCACCUGCUGGAGAAGAGUGGUUAUUACUACUGUUGCCACACAUCCUAUUUAAGUUACACCACAAAUAAAACUGGAGGGAUAAAAUAAUUUGGUGAUUAAAGGUGCAUUUCAGCAGUUUUGGUACUGUGUGCUUUACGAGAUUAAAAAAAUAAUGGUCAUAUUCUGUAACAGUUGCCUCGGGCCAUAGGAUGGUUCAAGAAUAAUAUAAAGGCUAUAAAAAAUAUAUAUCCUAUAUGCACACUGCCACUUAAAUGUGUGUGCGUUUGUAACUCAGGCUUUAUGUUAGAAAUGUUCAGUCUUUAAGCUCAUCGCUGCACACAAAUGUGAUGCACUAAAAGUAAAGGAUAAACAGCUCUACAAAGCCUGCAGGAGGCUGAAACAGCAGGUAGGGCAGCAGCAGUAUUAACAUGUCAGGGGGAGAGAUUCAGUCAUGUGGCCAGCAGACGCUGCUGCUACCUUCCCUGAGUCUGUGCAGUGAGCGUUGAGAGUGCUAACUCUCUCUCUCUGACUUUGCUUAGUGUAGCUAACGACAAAAAGCACAGAUUGUGUUUGGCACUCUCUUAUUCUGCAUUUGCACCAGUUGGAGAGUUAGCAUGAAAGGUUUAUCUCAACAAUCCUUCUCCCCAAAUUUGCAUGAUCCAUGUUCGAUCUGAGCUAUCAGCCUUUCUACACAUCCAAUUGGCAGUUGUUGCAGAUCUGCAAGUCACUUUGCAACCCACCUUUCCACAGGAUUCUCCUUAUAUACUGAAUCUGAACUAAUCCACUGUCAUAUCUGCCGCUCUGUUGUGCACAGGGCCCUCCCAUCUCUGGCUUUCUAUGUAUGGAGUGGAAGGGCGUCCCAGAAUAGUGACAUACCAUAUAUAAAUAUAUAUACGACAAUCUUUUAUGUGUAUAGAUUUAUAUAGCACCAGCCAAAAGCUUUCUGGUCGGACAGGCCUUGUUGCCCAAACGUAACGUACAAUUAAUCAACACUGCAACCUCACCAUCAUCCUCCCACAUCUCACUGUUAGUUUGAGCCAUGCUGCUGUCAUCGUGUGUCCAUCAGUGCCCUCUCCACAGCAUGGUGGGUUAACUUCAGUCAAGCCUAUUUUUUUAUACCUCUGUUUGCUUCUUUGCAUGUUUACUGGAUGUCGUGUUGAACACCUCGUAUCUGUGUAUCCAAAUGUCUGCUGUGUUUUUCUUCUGAGAUGCAGCCUCUCGCAGCAUUAUUAUUAUUAUUAUUAUUAUUAUUAUCAUUAUUAUCACUAUGCUUUUUUUUUAUCUUUAAAAAUGUUUGUCAAUUUCAUCUAAAAAGGCUAAAGUAUUUCCUUUCAUCGUCUUUUACGUUCCUGUUCCUGUAACAGAGAGAUCAUCAGAGGCAGAUCAUCCCCAAAACUGUGAGGCUGUGUCCCUAAUCACUGCUUCUCUCCUGCCUUAGAUCUGUUAUACACAGCAGUCAGCAGCAGGUUUUUGGACAACUGACCUUCAUUUUGCAUUGUUGAGUAGUGCAAUGCCAUUUAACACACACUCAUACACAUAUCUGUGUGUGUGUGUGAGUGUGUAUGAUGUAAACUGAGAGUGCAGUAUAGAGUAAUUAGGGAGUGGUUUUGGACACAGCCUGUGCCUCAGAUUGGAGAGAGAGCUGUUGUUUAUUGGUACAAAACCCCCAUUUCCUUAUGAUGGGAACAAAUGUUUAUCUAUAAAAAUUUAUAUAUAAUAUUACCCAAAGCAAAAGGAAGGUAGAUUUAGCAAUGAGAACUCCAGACACCACAAUCAUCCCUGCGUCCUUAGUAACGUUUACUCCUCAUAAGCACUUACUAGUGUGUAUUCUUUAACAAGUUUAACAUGCUGAAAAAGCAAAACUAGGUUUUCUGCAGUUAGUCUGCAUGUAAAAGAUGGACUGGGACUUUACCCAUUUGUUUUGCACUUGUGACUGAUGCCAUAUUAUUUUUUUUAAAUUAGUAAUUAGCUAACGCUAAUGCUAAUGCUACAAAUAUGUACAGGUGUAACUGACCGCUUAACACUGCUUAACUUAAAAGAAACAAACAUGGUGGCUUGAAUUAAGUGGCAUUCCUAAACAGCCAUCAACUACAGCUUCAUGUCAAUCAGUGUGGCCACACCCCAAACUUAUUUCCUUUGUAAUGCUAGUAAUUUGGGUCUUUUAAUGUGAAAGCAUGUGGACUGACUUGCUUUUGGAGAAAUGCUAACAGUAGAAGCUUUGCAUACUCCCUCUAUUCCUAAAUCAACAGAAUGAAGACAAAUCUGUCUUUUUUUAAAAUACCUUAAACCCGUAACUGUUUAAGUAGCAGUAGUAAAGGUUAGUAAAGAUGUUUUAAUAGAUGCGUAGAAUAGAAUGCGUCACAAAUGUAGCAGCUCUAUUCUUUGAUCCGCUGAAUAAACUAAAGCUCGAAAUAGACUUGCUACUUCCUGGCGACCCAAGGAUAAUUAAACUUUUAGACCCAAGGAUAAUUUUGGUGCCUUUGUUCUCAUCACUCAGUGACCUUGUUGACUGAACAUAAAGUUUGUGCGACUGGCUCAAUCCUUCAUUGGCUCACUGCAAAGUUGACAAAUCAAAGUGGCAGACCUCCUUGGCGUUGGGGCUCGUUGUAAGGAUGCUGGCUUUUGUGUACAGAGAUGGAUAUCAAUGACAUGUUUAAAAUGUUUAUCCUAUUUUAGUGAGACAUGAUGAGGAGUCACCUGUCGUUAACCCCUGCUGAUGUAAAUAUAGAAAGAGACUUUAUUUUGUUUAUAAGAGCUUGUGUAAUUUAAAGGUGUACAUUUCUCUAUGUUUUCACAGUUUUGUGCUUUUUUGUUGUUGUUUUUUCAAAAGAUAUUAAAAUUGCUUGUGUUAA